AUGAGCUUAUCGUGUCCCUGGGGCGUAAACGGACUAGACAAGUAUCGUUUCGAAGCUUAUGCCAAACUCUUACGGCUAAAAAAUGGCGGCCAGAUCGAAGAAGCUUCCAACUUUUCCGAAGUGCUUGACGAAGAGAUCGAAUCAGAUGAGCAAGGCGACGCUGUUUCCGUCAACGCGAACGAAAUCUUGUUGUUCGACGAGAGAAAGUUGAAAAGGGCCUUUCUUGAUAGGCUAUCUGAGCUCACUGCGAAUGAGAAAGGAGGCCAUCAUGUCUCGUCAUCUCUGAUGCUCGAGUGGCCAGAUCGAGUCGAUAUCCUCGUAGCAAGAAACAAUGGCUUCAGAGGAGGGGAUGCAACUCUCCAGAUACUCGAAACUAUAGCCUCUAGCCUCAGAGACAUUGCCACGCUGGAAUCUUCAGAUACUGCCACCGUUUCUACCAAGCAGAAUCUUUGGAGGUCACUGGUACAAUGGUACAAGUCUAGGAUAGACUGUUAUAUGAUCCAAGUCAAAAAGGCCCUGGAUGGGACUGUCCUACCUACCAGGGGCCGGGUAGAGACUUCGGCUUCGAACGAUUGCGCUCCAUCGCUUCUUUCGCGCCUCGAGGAGCUUCGUGCUCUUAUAGUUGCGGCGACACAUUCACCAACGCAGGACGGCCUUGAAAAGGUCGUAAAGAGUGCCCAUGAUGUAUUCUUCCUGUAUAAAGAGCGUGAUUUUAAUGUCAUUGCAAGCAAAAAUGCCAAUAUCAGGUCAUUAAGAGACGCGCUAGGCUUCCUUGGUAAGUUACAGACAUGCUUUAACACUUUGAUAAGAAGUGCAGAGAGGCUCUCUGGCUUCCAAAAUCUUCGGAUCCUUCAAGUGGUAGAUUCACCGACUGGCAGCGCCAAACCAAAAAGGAUAGAUAAAAGCAAUGCCUGGUCGUUAAAGAAGACGCUUGAAUCUCUGGAUCUUGAAUUAAAUGACAAGACAGCAGAUUCUCUUGUCACAGCCGGCAGAAAGAAAACUCUGUGGACCAAGAGCAAACUGCUUGAACGAUUUGACAAAUUGAAAGCAUCAGCUUCCGAAGUACAUGCAGAAACGCAAGUCAUCCUGGCGGCGACAAAACACGACUAUACGGGCGCGGCCAUAUUCAAGUACGUGGGCUGCAGUAAGCGCAGCUGUUUCCUCUGCUACAGGCUCGUCCAAAACCUUGGAUCUUACACUACAAGAGGGUGCCAUGGCAAGCUCUACAAUCUCUGGACCGUGCCCGAAACGCCAUGGCUUACUGGCGAGGAGCGCUCAAAGCUCAUUCAAGCCCUCAAGAAUGUCGAGAAAGCCAUGAAGGAAGCUAUACGUGGUGAGACGGCCGCCGGAAUUAUACAUGCUCCCGAGUCCACAAUCGGGGGCUCUUCAGUUGCGACCAAGAUACUGCAAUCUGGCCAAAGUUCUUAUAUGCUAUCCCUCGUCUCGGAGUACCUCUCAUCACAGCGCCAAAGGACGAGAUCCAGUGCUGACAAGGAAGAAGAGUUUAGAAGCUCUGAGGGAUUAAGCCAGCCUUUGCCAAGCGGAACUGACCAUGAAGCCAAAGCUCAAGGUCGGUCUGCGAGAACAAUCCCGACACCUGAACAGCUCCAUGGCGAAUGUAACAUUUGUGAACGAGAGACUAGUCGCCGCUGUCAGUUCUGCAACCUGGAUUGGUUCUGCAGUCAAGAGUGUCAAGAUCAAAUGUCAUUCUAUCAUCUCACUAAAUGUUCGGCUCGCUCGAUAACAACAGCUGACAUACUCUGUCACGAUGUUAUUGGAGAUCGAAUUCCUCAAGACUCGGAGACGCGUGAGCAUUUUGGGUUCACUCGAUGCCGUGACUGGAGAAAUGAGAGUCACCUCCUUGGUCUUUACCAAGGCCUCAUACCUUAUCUAGGUGUUGGAGCUGUCCGGCUUAACGAAUGGCGCGAGAAAGAUAUCCUCGCGAGCAAAAUUAUAGAGGCAUUUUCCAAAUUGCCUGAGAAUAACCGUGGGGCUUACUUCCCGUGGUUCCUUCGAAACCAGUACAUCCUUGAUAGCUCAAAUCCGCCUCUUCAGCUCGUUGGUGAAGAUGAUCAUCUCCACCGAGCUGUAAAUGCCGCGAGACUCUACCUCGGCCCAGAAGAUCGCGACAAGGAGGUUGGACAGCUAGAGCCACCAUCUAAAGGGCAUUGCUUCCUGUUUUUCGCCAUGGUCUUGGACAGCUCGUAUCCAAACCCAUAUUGGGCCUGGUCUGAUUCGUGGUACGAUUUUGGUUUUGUCGUAUUCCGUAACAAAUACGAGGAGGACGAGCUUGGGCGUCUCUACAAUAUCCUUGUUGGCGGCAGUAAAUCAAGUAGAGAUGCUGAUGAAAGUCUAGGGAUUGAACCAGAAGUUUAUCCCAAUAUACCAACAUGCUCUUUCAACGACUUGUGGCUGGCCUAUGAACACGGCGAGCUCGCAAAUCUCUUACGCCGGUAUGGUUUAGGCUCCAUCUUGGGUGGCAACUUGGGUCUGGAGGAAUUUCUAUCUUUCCCGCUGAAUCAGCGUGAACUGCGCCCAUCAGUCUAG